GUGCAUUGGUAGAUCCUUUCGCCGCCAGCAUUUCAUGCGAAACGGGAACUGUUAUGGUGGACACGCCUUCGGUGGCAACUGCAAAAACUGUCAACGGAUCAACUGAUCACCAAGAUCGUCAAUCGUAGGAUGCACACGAAUUUCACUCCUUUCUUCCAUAAGUUAUGAAUUUACUGCGUAGGGUAUGAGUAUGAUGCAUCUCGUUUAAAAGUCGAGGUUGGGUGCUUAAACGCGACCGAGAAAAUCUCUUAAGCCUCCAAGCUUCAGAGUAAGCGUUCUUGGGUUCACUCCAGGAGCUGUCCUUGUAAACAGAGAGUUGGGUUCGUUCUUCAGACAUCGCAAGCAAUCAGAAGGGAAAAGACAAAGAAAACUAUCUUCAUGUGAUGUUCAAAGAAGAAAGCGUCACAUGAAUUGGUGUUUGAAGUUGCAUCGAGGUGCGAGUGCUUUACAAAGGGCGAUGAAGUGCAAAAGUCGGUGAAGAGCGAGUGUUGAUUCGAGUUUCGCAAGGAUGGGGUUCAUGCAUUGUUAUGCCGAGUCGGACAAUCGCCGAUGUGGGGUUACGCGCAAAUCCUCCAAGUGGAACUGGAACCUCGUCAAAGCCGACAUAGGCCAUGGAAGAAGAGUCACGCAAAAAAUCCGAGACCCCAGGUUCAUUUAUGGGAAACCCAAUGAACGAGAUGCUAUCGGCGUCAAAGAAGUGAUUGUGCACAUAGAGACAGCUCCAGCUUCUUACGAUCAUCUCUACGGCCCUGACUUCAAGGAAAUGAACAAAUUAGCUGCUAUCAACAACUACUGUAGAUCGAACGAGCAAAGGGCUGCUCGAGAGCGGUUUGCCAUCAAAAUCAAACCCAAACACACCCUUAACACGAAUUGGAGACUCCCCUCCGACGCGAACCCAAAUCACAGAUACGGGUUAUCAUUCCCUUUUGAUGGGGAUUUCAACACUUUGAUAGGAGGUGGUUACCAAGAUGAGUGGAUCGAAAUGAACGAGUACUUCAAGUCGAAGUAUCCAGACAGGUACAUGGAAUCGACGGCGCAUCUGGAGAUCAUCAACGACAACAAAGCCACCAAGCUUCAACAGCAGUUCGUGAAAAACAAACUGCAUCCGCCACCUCCGAAGCAGAGGUUCAUCUUGUCCAGAUUCCAGAACGUGAAGAAGAAGAUCGACAAUCACAACCCCAUCCCAUUGAACCGUGACCCUCCCUACCACAAAUUCUACGGCAUGUCAAGGCCCUCUCACACAAACCCACCUUGAAAGAAAGAAAGAUAAAAUAAAAUAAAAACUAUCGAUACAACUUUUUUCUAAGUUUUCUGCGACAUGAGUAUGGCCGAAGUUUUCUUGAGAUUAUUAGCAACGCUCGGUAGAUAGAAAGGUAGAAAGGUAAAAAGUUUCUAGGUUGCAAGCUAGUUCAUUCUAUCUGCACAUUUUCACAAUCUUGUCCAAAGUAAAGGAAUGUGAAAAGCAUUUUGCAACUCACUUGGGUGAAUUCAUUGUUGGAAUUCAAGGCAAUUGUUGAAUGUUGGUCUAUAAUGUCUUAUGUUUUACACA